GCUUAUCGCAACGUCCAACCCCAGCUUCAACGUUGGGGUUUCCAGCUUGAGCUAAACUAUUACUGCAUCAACAUGUCUCUCUGAAGUUGAACGGAUUCCCUCGUCCCUGUUGAUAUGGCCUUCCGCGCCGCUCUUGCGAGCGUUCUCGCGUUCAGCCCAGCCAUCCAAGCCUCCUCUCUGCAGUUCAUUGAUGAUCUGAACUUCACGUCUCCCUCGCCUCACAUCGCACACUCUCUUUCAGCCCUGCUAUCUGUACAUCCACAGACCCUCUUUCCCAACGGUCAUACUAUCGCAUCUGCGACCAUCCCACGCCACACGCUACUUUACCAUGGACGCCACGACGACCAUGCAGUGCCGAGCCCAGAAUGGCUCGCUUUUGACGUAUACAUGGCAUAUGCGAUCAUGGGCAACACGCCGGACAGUAGGAUGCUUACCUUCAGGCUCGAGAAAGACAUCAAAGCGGUCUAUUUCGACGGCGCAAGUGCAAAUCUGAUGGGUGAUGGAACGUGGAGUCAGAUGGUGUUCAUCAAGAACGGUACAGAAGGUAUGAAGAGACCGGGGUGGGUAGGGCCGCCUCGUGGAGGAAGACCACCUCGAAAAGGGAAAGAUGGGGACAGUCCACCACGGAGACCGCCAGGAGGACAUCCGCCAGAGCACUGGAAUCCGCUUGCGGAUGAGUACUUCCGUGCCAGAGAAUUAUGCAAGUGGUUGAAGGAGAGUGGUCUUGGAGGAAAGGGAUGGGGUUACGAAGCCAUUGUCAGGAUGAAUGCGGGGUUUGAGCUUAUUUGGUGCGACUUUGAGAGCCCAUCGCUGGAGCUGGUGUCGAACUUGAACGUUUCGGCGCCACAGGUGGCUGAUGGCGCGAAACCUGCUCAGACAGAGUUGCAGCAACCCUACAUCCAGCGCCCGAUCCAACUCAGCGCUCGAGAUCGAUUAGAGACCGAAGAUGAAGGGCCCAAUGGUCCUGGAAUGAGCGACCCAAGAGAACCCUUUAGAAAUACAUCCACUUGGUUCUGGUUUUCCGCCGCUGCGAAGAGGUAUGCGGGUGAUGCGCGCAUCAGGCUCGAUGCGGGUGGUGUCUUUUCGUUCUAUGAGCCAGGGUUGCAAAAUCAAUCUCGUGUCAGGGUAGCAGAGGACAUUGAGCGUUUCGGUUUGAGACGCGAUGGAAGAUGGAGGUCUACACCGUUCAUGGGCGAGACAGGGCGGGAACAGAAGCUUCUGGACCUGCAACGACGGCGGAGACAGCACCGACUGACGAGCGUGGAUCGACAGGAUGCACAGUACAUGCGUCAAGCCGUGGAGCAACGAUUACGAAACAAUCUCCAUACAAACCACGAUGGAUCGGGUAUCGACUGGGUACACAUCGCGAAAGAAAUUGUCACGCGCUACAGUGACGAACUGAAGACGCUCCUCAGCUACGUCUCAAGCGAUAUCCCGAACAUGGACGAACAUGAUUCUCUCAAAGAAUGGCUCGCGACACUCCGCCAACUUACACACUGGUUCCUCCUCCCCUUCUUCGAAUACCCGAGUUCCCUCCCAUAUGAGGACUUUGACCUCGCCAUGCUCUUCGGCACCCGCUCGCCCCAAGCCCAAGCCGCCCUCGAUCGCUGCGUAACUCAAUACACCGUCAACAAAGAGCACAUUCACGAUGCCGACGUCGUCUUCUCCCACGCCAUCACAGGUACACUACACGCCCUGUGCAGCACAGCCAUCAAGAUCGGACUCCACGUCGAGUACCACUGGUUCAUGUACUUUCAGCCCGCCGAUCCCUCUGCGCCGCCCAAGCCUUUACUACCCCACAUCCUCAAGGGCCGAGCGAUGCGGUGGAAGCUGGACCUCCAAGAGCUGAUUGCGUGGCUUGGCUGGGCUGAACAGGACGUGGGGUGUGAGGAGGAGUGCGGGGUGGGCGAGUACUGCUAUGUGCCUAUGUGGCCGGUGAAUGGGUGGGAGAGACAUGGUGGGCCUUCGGGCGGAGAGAGCAGGCAUCUGUGGGAAGGCGUGUGUGUGGGGAUGGAGAGAUAUCCGCCCGAGCAAUGGGAGGAGUAGGGAUACCGAACUAUAGCUAGAGCGAUGUGUUGUAGCACUUGUUUUCAGGCUGCACGCUAGGCAC